AUGGCGUGCUGCCGUGCUUUCGGAGUGGCGAUCCUGGCCCUGAGCCUCGGGGCAGGGGCGACUCGGCACGAGCAUCCGGCGGCUUUUCUGGGAGUGCGAGGUGCCCAGGAACUCCGAGUGGGGAUGGUCCCCAGCGCCAUCAGCAGGGCGAUUCAGCACGCCUUGAGGGACUCCAGGUCCCACUUGAAGGCCUUGACCGCAGCAGAAAAAGAUGUGACUCGACUGGCAGCCGAGAAGAAAGCCACGGCCGACAGCGCCUUGGCCAAGAAAGUAGCGCUCGAAGAAGACAAGCGCAAGCAGGAGGAAGCCUGCGAGGAGGAGGAGAAGAAGAGUCGCGAGAACAGGAUGAAGCUCGAGAAGGCCAGCGAAGAACACGACCUCCACUCGGAGGCCCUGGACAAGGCCCGGGGCUUGUGGAACAAGUUGAAUGACGAGCUGGAGUUCCUCCGGAAAGGUGUGAAGCAGCAAGAGAAGACUCUGAUGGAGACCCUCUACGACAUGGAGACGGCGCUGGAUGCCAAGAAGAAGGAGGUGGAAGACAAGGAAAGCGAGACUGCAGCUGCUGAGCUGGACAUGAAAGAGAAGGAGGACAAGGUCAAGGCUGCCGGCAAAGUGAAGAAGGAGUAUGAAGAGCAAUUGAUAGAGGCCGAGAAGAGGUCCCAGCAAGCGCAGGAGGCUUUGCAGGCGAUCAGGGCAAAGGCAGAGGAAGCAGUGGACGAGGUCGUCAAAGCAGAGAUGGAGCAGAAAGAGGCCGCCAGUCAGCAAAAGGAAGCACAGGCUCUUCACGACAAAGGGGCCCAGAGCUCAGAGCUGCUUCAGAAGUUGAAAGCGGCUGUGGAGGACUUCUUCAAUGCGAUCGACGCUCUGGAAGCGAGCAUGAUGAAGAAGAUGAGUGCACAAGGCAAUGCCAAAGCACACGAGCUCAUCCUCCUUGAUGAGAACUUGGAGCCAACUCUCUCGAAAUACAACCUCAUGGUGGUGGCAUUCGACGAUGUGUGGACAUAUGGCGACGGUUCCUACGCGAAGGUGGAGCCUGCUAUCGAACAGAUCGUGGAGGAUGCCAAGGCUGAUUUGGAGCUCAUUUGCGACCCAACAAGGCAGUUCGGAGAGUCCAUGGCAGAAAGUCCGGAGUUGGAGGAAAAGUGCUGGACCGCACUUUGGCGUAAGGUCGGCAUGAAUGAAGGUACCUUCCCCGGCGAGAAGGGCCAGCUCGCGCAGAGCGCUGAUGUGAAGAGCAGCGAAAUGCCGACUGAGGAGUCGGAGAUCAUGGAGAGUCCCAAGGCUAAGGGCGCCGCCACCCUGACAGCCUCGGAGGAGUCGACGCCCGCCAUGGAGUCGGCGAAGGCCUUGGACACGUACAUGGAGACCACAGCCACAUCGACGACAAUGGGCGACAUCGCCGACCUCCUAGCCGAGGAUUCCAUCAAACCCGGAAGCCCGGCGAAGAUCGUGGAAGCAAGCUCAACCACAACAACGACGGUUGAGGAUGUCGCAGACCUUCUAGCCGAGGAUUCCCUCUCACCUGCCAAAACCAUGGAAGUCAGUGCAGCGACCCACACAUCAACAACACCUGAAGUCGUGGACGAUCUCCUAGCCGAGAAUUCCAUCACUCCCGAAAGCCCGGCGAAGAUUGUGGAAGCAAGCUCAACCACAACAACGACGGCUGAGGAUGUCGCAGACCUUCUGGCCGAGGAUUCCCUCUCACCUGCCAAAAGCAUGGAAGUCACUGCAGAGACCUACUCAUCAACAACGCCCGAAGUCGUGGACGAUCUCCUAGCCGAGAAUUCCAUCAGGCCCGAAAGCCCGGCGAAGAUCGUGGAAGCAAGCUCAACCACAACGACGACGGUUGAGGAUGUCGCAGAUCUUCUAGCCGAGGAUUCCCUUUCACCUGCCAAAACCAUGGAAGUCAGCGCAGAGACCCACACAUCAACAACACCAGAAGUCGUGGACGAUCUCCUAGCCGAGCAUUCCAUCACGCCCGAAAGCCCGACGAAGAUCAUGGAAGCGAGCACAGAGACGCAUGCCACGUCAACCACUACUACGCUUGGCGAUCUUUCCGAUCUCCUAGCCGAGGAUUCAAUCACGCCCAAAAGCCCUCAGUCCGUGGAAUCGGGCGAUAUUUCUGAUCUCUUAGCCGAGGAUUCAAUCACUCCCAAAAGCCCGGCGAAGAUCAUGGAAGCGAGCACAGAUGAGACCCAUGCCACGUCAACCACUACUACGCUUGGCGAUCUUUCCGAUCUCCUAGCCGAGGAUUCAAUCACGCCCAAAAGCCCUCAGUCCGUGGAAUCGGGCGAUAUUUCUGAUCUCUUAGCCGAGGAUUCAAUCACUCCCAAAAGCCCGGCGAAGAUCAUGGAAGCGAGCACAGAUGAGACCCAUGCCACGUCAACCACUACUACGCUUGGGGAUCUUUCCGAUCUCCUAGCGGAGGAUUCCAUCUCGUCCCCCAAGAAAGAGAGCAUGGGGUCUGACUCCCCGCACUCCCCACAUUGGAUGGAGCACAUCACCGGUCACUUCAUGCCAUCGCCGUCUGGCACGGCGACGGCAUCGGCUACCAAAGAUGUGGCCGCUGAGGUGACGCUGUGGCACGUGAUCACAACUUGGGCUCAGAGUUGGUUCUUGGAUUCAAACUUGCUGGUUGUGUUUCUGCAGUCCGUUUGGUUCAAGCGGCUCUGCGUCGUGGCUAGCAGGAUGGCAGAAGAUCAAGAUGCCAAUGCAAGCGUCGCUAGCGGUUCCACCCAUGAAUCAGGCCAAACUGCAGCUACUCCGUCAUUCCUUGUUGAAUGCAGACGCUAUACCGACCUCGAGCUCGCGCGAUCAGCCUACGAUAACUUCUUGUUAUCGUUUCUCAAAAGCCAUACAGGCCGGAUCUACAUGAAACCUUGGUGGCUGCUGGUACUCAACUUCCUUGCCCAAUAUGUCGUCGUGUAUCUGCUGUGGCAGAAGAUUAACGGAUCUGAGCGGGAUGCAGAUGUGGUCCUGCUCGACCGCUUUGGGGGCGAAGGAACGAGCUUGUGCUUUGAGGUGACGGCAACCGAUGGGCCCUACAACCCUGGACGAUCCGGCUUGAGUUGUUCCUCCGAUGAGGUUGUGCUGCUGACAAACUUCAGCCUGCUGGACUUGGACGGGGAUGGUCAGUGGACUUAUGACGAGGCUGAGCGGCUGGAUGCCCAAUAUGCAAGCGCGACCAGACGACACGUCGACAUGUCUUCGGUGCAUUUUGCCCGAGUUUGGCGCAAGUAUCAAAGGGUCUUCAAAGCCUUCCAAGCUAAUGCUGAUGGCUUGGUCCUACCAUGUGAAAUCAACGAUACGCUUGAAGCGUUCUGGUCCGACGACGGCUUCUGGUAUGAUGCACGGCUUGAAGCCAUCGAUAGUGGCGACCUUGCCCUGGUAUGGUACUUCGAUGACAACGAUACAUCUUACGUCAAGAAAAGUCAGCUGCAAAAGUCCGUGGGCGAUCGGAAAUUCAAGUGCAGUUUGCCGAAGUGCAUUGACACGGAUGCGGGGGCCCUCGACAAGGAAGGGUCCACUUGUGCAGAUUACGAGACGUUCUUUGGCGAAUGUGGCAAUGACCGCUUCGACGAUGCAGACUUCCAUCUGGAGAAGCUCUGCUGUCUGUGCGGGGGCGGCACUACGAGUCUGACGCUGGCUGGAAUUGGCCAUUUGCCGGUCAACGUGUCCAUAGACCAGAUGACACAGCCGGCGCAACCGGGGAAGCCAGAGUCAGGGUAUAGGAGCUGUGUCCAAGAAGCGCAGAGCAGCCGAAGUCAGGUGCGACUUCUGCUGUUGCUUCGACGCAUGUUGUCGCGCCAUCUGUACAUCCGAUGCUUUGCGGACAGUUGCGCAAGCCGCCUUGUGUGA